GAACACCUGUUCUUGGCAUCGAACACAGCUCCUGAGCAGCCAGCGUCAGCAAAGUGUGUCUCUGACAAGCGAUGGCGAUAGCAAUUACUCAAUUUGUGUCAGAAAAGGGUGAUUAGCAUCGCGGACAUACGUAUUUCGCGACAAGUGGAACGAACAAUCAAAUUAAUGGAAUUGCGAAAUGAAUUCACUUUUCGAUUGCGUACAACUCUGCAUUAGGUCACGCUUGUAACGGCAUAUACGAUUGUCAGUAUGAAACAAACACGGCUAUUGUAAGUCAGUCAGCCGCCAAUACAAGAAGAAAAGAACUUGAUUUCGAGUGACAAAAGCCACCAACAUACGAGCUAUGCAAAUAUGAAGCCGCGAAAGACCACCAACUCUGAGUUGCAGCAGCCGGUGCUGCUGCUGGAUACCUUCACCUUGCUACAACUGCGCCUGCACCAGCUUUUCGGUAUGUGUGCCGUGCCAUUGGGACGGCAAUGUGACCUCGCCACGGUCAACCAACGCCCACAGUCCGCCGGCAUCUGGCAGCAGCGAUUCCUGUUGCUUUGGCACUGUUUACAUUUCAUAUUAUUUUUCUUGGUGCACUUGUGGACUAGCGUCAAUCACGAUUCGAUACUCUACAACAGCGAUAGUUUUGGAAAAUUUAACGAUUUGCUGAAACUAAUUGGCACAAUUAUAUCGCAUUUCGUAAUACUCACCGAAACGAUAAUACGGCGGCGUGCUAUGGAAAAGUUCCUCACGGUCUACACACAACUCCAUUACAAAUGGCAUGGUGCCGUCGGUGUCCGCGCCGAAUUCCAACUCUAUCGCAAAUUCUUUUGUCGCAGCAGCAUUUUCAUUUUUGUUGUGAUUCUAAUUGAUGUGGCUUACCUACGUGAGAUUAGUAGGAAUCGUAAGUGGAUGACAUUUUUCAUACCCUUUAUACCGAGUGGUCUAAUUUGUAACCUGCGAUCCGUGCAAAUUAUGCUCUUUAUGGAAAUGUUGCGUACCGAGGUGGUCCAUUUGAACGGGAAUAUUGAACGUUUGGUCUUAUUUAGUGAGCGCAACUAUCGUGUUAAGUUUCAGAAGCGCGACCAAUUUGAACGCAAAAUAUGCGCUGAGCUGCAGACCUUCAUGGAGUGUUAUCAGGAGAUCUACGAAAUGUUUACACUCUUGAAGAAAGCUGUGGGUAUGUCGAUGACAUGUAACUAUGUGAAGGAUUAUGUUAUGAUACUUUCGGAAUGUUACUGGUCCUAUUGGAUGGUUUACAACGGAGAACAUAUUACUGAGUAUCUUUUAAUUGUUCCAACUGCCGUGUCCAUCUUUUUGCUGCUGAUAACGUCACGAAAUUGUAUGCGAUCGACAAAUUUCCUCGCACACAAUAUACACAAAAUACGACAUGAUAUUGAAGAUUUCAACAUUUCAACGCGGCUACAAAGCUUUGCUUUGCAAAUGCUACACCAGCAGAUCAUCAUCGAUGGCUUCGGUUUCUUCGUGCUGAAUUGCAAUAUGGCAAGAGAUAUUCUCGGCUCAAUAGCCACUUAUAUGAUCUUCUUUAUACAAUUUAUGCCCAAGUUCAAAAGUUUUUAGACCGCUGAAUAUUGGCAUACAAAUGUCUAUAUGUACACGUGUGAGCAUGAAAAAGCAGCCGCCACUUCGUUUUUUAAUUUAAAAUAUGAAGAUUCUUAUUAACGUU